AUGCCCGGGGGAGGUCAGGAACCAGGGAGCUACUACGUGGGUGUGGACGUUGGAACGGGCAGUGUGCGUGCGGCUCUGGUGGACCAGAGGGGAGUCCUUUUGGCUUUCGCAGACCAGCCAAUUAACCAAUGGGAGCCUCAGUUCAACCACCAUGAGCAGUCCUCGGAGGACAUCUGGGCCGCAUGUGGUGUUGUCACAAAGAAAGUUGUACAAGGGAUCGAUGUAAACCGAAUCCGCGGGCUUGGGUUUGAUGCUACAUGUUCUCUGGUUGUUCUGGAUAAGCAGUUUCGUCCUUUACCAGUAAACCAUGAAGGGGAUUCCCACCGAAACAUCAUCAUGUGGCUGGACCACCGGGCGGUCAGUCAGGUCCACAGGAUCAACGAAACCAAGCACGGCGUCCUGCAGUGUGUUGGGGGCGUGAUGUCAGUGGAAAUGCAAGCCCCGAAGCUUCUGUGGCUGAAAGAGAACUUAAGAGAGACUUGCUGGGAUAAGGCGGGACAUUUCUUUGAUCUCCCAGACUUCUUAUCGUGGAAGGCAACAGGUGUCACAGCACGGUCUCUCUGCUCCCUGGUGUGCAAAUGGACAUACUCGGCAGAGAAAGGCUGGGAUGACAGUUUCUGGAAGCUGAUCGGCUUGGAAGAUUUUGUUGCGGAUAAUUACAGCAAAAUAGGAAACCAAGUACUGCCUCCUGGAGCUUCUCUUGGAAAUGGGCUCACACCAGAGGCAGCCAGAGACCUUGGACUUCCUGCUGGAAUUGCGGUGGCAGCCUCACUUAUUGAUGCCCACGCAGGAGGCCUAGGAGUGAUUGGAGCAGAUGUGAGAGGGCAUGGCCUUGCCUGUGAGGGACAGCCAGUGACGUCACGGCUGGCUGUCAUCUGUGGAACAUCUUCUUGUCACAUGGGGAUCAGCAAAGACCCAAUUUUUGUACCAGGUGUCUGGGGCCCUUAUUUCUCAGCCAUGGUCCCUGGGUUCUGGCUGAAUGAAGGUGGUCAGAGCGUUACUGGAAAAUUGAUAGACCACGUGGUGCGGGGCCAUGCUGCCUUCCCUGAACUACAAGCCAAGGCCACAGCCAGAUGCCAAAGUGUAUAUGCAUAUUUGAACAGUCACCUGGAUCUGAUUAAGAAGGCUCGGCCUGUGGGUUUCCUCACUGUUGAUUUACAUGUUUGGCCAGACUUCCAUGGCAACCGGUCUCCCUUAGCAGAUCUGACACUAAAGGGCAUGGUCACCGGGUUGAAACUGUCUCAGGACCUCGAUGAUCUUGCCAUUCUCUACCUGGCCACAGUUCAAGCCAUUGCUUUUGGGACCCGCCUCAUCAUAGAGGCCCUGGAGGCGGCAGGGCACUCUCUCAGCACUCUUUUCCUGUGUGGAGGCCUGAGCAAGAAUCCCCUUUUUGUGCAGAUGCAUGCAGACAUUACAGGCAUGCCUGUGGUCCUGUCGCAAGAGGUGGAGUCCGUUCUUGUGGGCGCUGCUAUUCUGGGUGCCUGUGCCUCGGGGGACUUCGCUUCUGUACAGGAGGCAAUGUCUAGAAUGAGCAAAGUUGGGAAAGUCGUGUUUCCCAGACUUGAGGAUAAAAGAUACUAUGACAAGAAAUACCAAGUAUUCCUGAGGCUGGUUGAACACCAGAAGGAAUAUGCAGCAAUCAUGAAAGGAGACUGAGCAGAGCGUGCAGAUGCCAGUGCCAGAAGGUUCUGCAUCACUGCAUCAGGGAUUUCUGUCUUAUAUUCAAGACCCUUUUGGUAUCACUCUAUCAUUUCUGUAUCGUCUCUUAAUAAAGGCAACCGAGACGUGUGCAACCAG